AUGGCGAGACUGGUACAGGGGAAGCUCAGUGGUGAAGAUAUUACGGUAAUCAAUGUGGACAGUGGACGAGGUGGCCUUGAUGAAGAUAACGGAAGCCGGAGUCCAGGUCAGGAGCCUCAGAGACCACCUCCAGGAGGAAGCCCACCUGGACCCCAAUCUGAGGAUGUAAAGCUAGAGGCUGCUCCUCAGCAGGCACAACCCGGAGCAGAAGACAAUCAAAACGGUCCUCCCCCAUCUCCUCCUGGAAGUCCCCAGAGAUCUCCACCACCCAAAGUGGGGAGCCCACCAAGCCCCCAGCCUGAGCAGGUCAAGCAAGAGGCUGCUCCUCAGCAGGAACAACCCGGAGCACAAGGCAAUCAAAACGGUCCUCCCCCAUCUCUUCCUGGAAGGCCCCAGAGAUCACCACCGCCCCCGGGGGGUAGCCCACCAAGCCCCCAACCACAGCAGGUCAAGCGAGAGGCUGCCCCUCAGCAGGAACAACCCGGAGCACAAGGCAAUCAAAACGGUCCUCCUCCAUCUCCUGGAAGGCCCCAGAGAUCACCACCGCCCCCGGGGGGUAGCCCACCAAGCCCGCAGCCACAGCAGGUCAAGCGAGAGGCUGCCCCUCAGCAGGAACAACCCGGAGCACAAGGCAAUCAAAACGGUCCUCCUUCAUCUCCUGGAAGGCCCCAGAGAUCACCACCGCCCCCACGGGAUAGCCCACCAAGCCCCCAGCCACAGCAGGUCAAGCGAGAGGCGGCCCCUCAGCAGGAACAACCCGGAGCACAAGGCAAUCAAAACGGUCCUCCCCCAUCUCUUCCUGGAAGGCCCCAGAGAUCACCACCGCCCCCGGGGGGUAGCCCACCAAGCCCGCAGCCACAGCAGGUCAAGCGAGAGGCUGCCCCUCAGCAGGAACAACCCGGAGCACAAGGCAAUCAAAACGGUCCUCCUUCAUCUCCUGGAAGGCCCCAGAGAUCACCACCGCCCCCAGGGGAUAGCCCACCAAGCCCCCAGCCACAGCAGGUCAAGCGAGAGGCGGCCCCUCAGCAGGAACAACCCGGAGCACAAGGCAAUCAAAACGGUCCUCCCCCAUCUCCUCCUCGAAGGUCCCAGAGAUCUCCACCACCCGAAGGGGGGAGCCCACCAAGCCCUCAGCCUGAGCAGGUGAAGCAAGAGGCUGCCCCUCAGCAAGAACAACCCGGAGCACAAGGCAAUCAAAACAGUCCUCCCCCCUCUCCUCCUGGAAGGCCCCAGAGAUCACCACCACCCCUAGGUGGUAGUCCACCAAGACCCCAGCCUGAGCAGGUCAAGCGAGAGGAUGCUCCUCAGCAGGAACAACCUGGAGCAGAAGGCAAUCAAAACGGUCCUCCCCCAUCUCCUCCUGGAAGUCCCCAGAGAUCUCCACCACCCGAAGCAGGGAGCCUACCAAGCCCCCAGCCUGAGCAGGUCAAGCGAGAGGCUGCUCCUCAGCAGGAACAACCCGGAGCACAAGGCAAUCAAAACGGUCCUCCUCCAUCUCCUGGAAGGCCCCAGAGAUCACCACCGCCCCCAGGGGGUAGCCCACCAAGUCCUCCAGAAGGCCAGCCACCCCAGUAA